GUGAAGCAGGAGCGGAAAUUGCGCGAGCAGCGGCGGAAGUUGCUCGGCUCUGCGCAGUACGAGAGCUGGAUCUUGUCGCGGCGGCUGAAAGCGAGCGAAAAGUUGCGUCGCCGGCGUAUCUUGCUCGAAUUCAACCCGGAAACUGACGACGCGGAGGAGACUCACCGCAGGCUGCAGCGCGUCAACCGACGCUUGGGGGAAAUUUCGGACGCAGCUGCUCAGGAUAACUACGCUGUUUUGGAGAAGACCGGGCGCCGCCUGGUCGCGGAGGACGACGAGCAGGAUCGGGCUUUGCGGUACUUGCUGGACGACGAAAGCCACAUCGUUUCUAACAACCUGCACGUGUAUUCGAAGGAGUACGGCGUGAAGCCGACCUCGCGACAGAUGCGCGAGCUGAUGACGCUGACACACGCUGGGAAGAGAAAUUUGGUUUCGCUCGAUCAGAUCGGGGACAACGUGAUGAACUUUUUGAUGGCCGAUGACGUUGCGGGGCUGAAAAAUUGGGCUGUCAACCAAAUGCAGAAUGAGCGGGUUGCGCUUCCCAAACAGAUGAUCUUGAAGCUGCUUGCGGAAUCGGAAAA